ACUGAAUGUAUUAAAACUGCAUCGGUAAUUUUGUCAUCAAUGAAUGCAAAAAUGGAUCCAUGUGAAAAUUUUUACGAAUAUGCAUGCGGAAAUUGGAUUAAAGAGCAUCCAAUUCCGGAUGAUGCACCAUCAGUGUCAAAUUUUGAAAAUUUAGGACAAGAUCUUGAAUUAGCUUUGAAAGGUUUAUUGGAACAAAAGAAUAUAGAAGGAUUGGAUGGUGAUGCUGUACGAAAAGCUCGAACAUUUUAUCAACUAUGCCUCAAUGAAACUGCCAUAAUGAGUACUUGGAGGAAAGUAUUUGAUGAUGUAGUGGAAAGUUUUGGUGGAUGGCCAAGUUUGGGAAAAGUUAAUGAGAAGCCAAGGAUUCCAAUCGAGCAAAUGUAUGGUGUAAUGGUGGCUAAAUUUAAAAGUGAUUCACUUUUUAAAGCAACUGUUCAACCAGAUGAUAAAAAUUCACAACAAAAUGUUUUAUUGAUUGAUCAACCAGCAUUGAAUUUAUUCGCUCGAGAUUUUUACAUUUUACCCGAAACACAAGAAGAACGAUUAGCAUAUAAAACAUUAAUUAGAGAUGCUUUAAUAUUAUUGGAUGCUCGAGUUGAAGCAUUCAGUCGUGAUUUUGAUGAAAUUUUACAAUUCGAAACUGAUCUUGCAAAUCUCACAUUAUCCGAAGAUUUAAGACAUGAUAUUGCUGAAUUGUACAAUAAAAUGACAAUUGAACAAAUGACAAAGGAAUUCCCAAAUUUUAAUUGGUUAUUAUUCUUCAGUACGAUUUUUCAAACUAUUGGUUCAUCAAAUGAGAAAAUAAUCGUAAUAAAUGAUACGACCGAAGUUGUCAUUUAUGGUUUGGAAUUUAUUAAAAAACUUGAUGAAUUGUUACCAAAAUACGAUAAAAGGUUUGAUUAA